AAGGCGAGGCCAGGAGCAGGAAACCUUAUCUCUCUCUCUGCUCGUCCAGCUGCUCCUUUUUUAACCUCAGCAUCAUUUUAUAACACGAUCCCUGCUUUCCUUUUCUUUCUUUUUGUAUCUUUGUAUUUUAAAAGCUGCGUUCGCGUUCUGAUGUGCCGCUGCGCCUCAUCACGAUUCCUCAAGGAUAUGCAAAGCGGCUGUUAUCACGUCGACGGUAAUUUCCAUGAAAUGCAAGGAUGUAAUUGAGCGACGUCGGAGGCGCUUAUGAUCAACGAUGACAACAAGGCUGUAGGGAUCGACGGCAGCUUUACAGGCAGAGAACGGUCUGCGCGUAAAAUCUGCGUCUAAUUAUUGUUUUCGCCCAGCGGUCGCGCUAUUUCCCUCCAUCCGUCCAUCGGGAGCUGUAGAAGGCCGAUCGCCCCGCAUCCUCUCUGGGCAUGAAAACUCGUGGGAAUUAUGAUACCAACGUGACGCGCAGUCACACAGCACUCAGCGGGGAAGACGACGCGCCUCGACAGGACGGAGGGAGGGUGUGAGGUCCAGCAGAGCGGAGCCCCGCACCGUGCGCUCAUCACAGGAGGAGGAGGAGGAGGACGCCCAGUUGUUGUUGGACACAUCGCGCUAAUGACUGCUCUAUAGCCCAGCAGGCUCUCCUAACACGGCCGGUGGUGUGACGUGCUAACUCUUCCUGCCCGGCAUGGCUGCGUCACUGUGGUUCCUGGGGGUGUGUGCGCUCAGCCUGGCUCACGUCGCCCCCUCCAGCCAAGCUAUGUCCCGGGCUGCCAUGCCAUUUGGGCUGCUGCGCAGGGAGCUGGCAUGCGAGGGUUAUCCAAUAGAGCUCCGCUGCCCUGGAAGUGACGUGGUGAUGGUGGAAACUGCCAACUAUGGACGCACCGACGACAAGAUCUGUGAUGCAGACCCCUUCCAAAUGGAGAACACACAGUGUUACCUCCCCGAUGCAUUAAAGAUUAUGGCCCAGAGGUGUAACAACAGGACUCAGUGUGUCGUGGUCGCAGGGGUCGACGUGUUCCCAGACCCUUGCCCUGGAACAUACAAGUACCUGGAGAUCCAGUAUGAGUGUGUCCCUUACAGUGAGUAUGCAUAUAUACAUUAA